AUGUGGAGACCGACUGAUCGGAUGGAAGCCAUUUUGUAGUCAGAUCCUCGAGUAUAACAACGUUCAGAAAUUUUCGAAUCAAUUUUUGUUUCCAUCUGUAUCAGAAGAUUCUUUUAUAGGAAAUUGACCACACACUAAUUGUUUACACAGGGUAAGUAAAAAAUUCCAGUAGUUGAGCCCCAAUUGAAAUUAUUUAGGGUGAAAUUUCGAUGGGUGGUAGUUCAAGUACCCCAGAACCGCCUAAUGAGCAAAAUUCUGAGAAUCCUAGUCAAAAUCCGACUGCAAACGUGAAUCGAUUUUCCAAAGAUCCGCAAUUAGAUGAGCAGAACACCAUGACGAACAACGAGAAUUUGAAGAAGCUUGGAAAUCUCUCAUUGAUGGAUAUAAACCGGACAGAGGUGAAUAUUCUGUUGCUGGGAGAAACAGGAGUGGGAAAAUCGACAUUCAUCAAUUCCAUCUUCAACUAUCUGCAAUUUGAGACGUUUGAGAAGGCUGAGCGAGAAUUCCUGAACGUGCUCAUACCAGUAAAAUUUUUCAUCGAAGAUAAGAAUGGGAAAAAACAGGAGGUGAUAUUUAACUCCCAACAAGAUGCUGCCAAUGAGGUGUUGAAAACAGGCGCAUCGGCCACACAAGCUGUGAAAACCUACAGCUUCUACAUUAAUACUGGUAAAACCUUGGUUCGCUUAAUUGACACCCCUGGAAUGGGCGACACCAGAGGAAUUGAGGCGGAUGACGAAAACUGCGAGAAUAUCCUAAAUUACAUCAGUCGUUUACAUGAGUUGCAUGCAAUUUGCUACCUUACCAAACCGCAACAAUCAAGAAGCACCGUCUAUUUCAAUUACUGCGUCUCGCAGAUUCUGUCCAGACUGGAAAAAUCUGCAUGCAAGAAUAUCGUUUUUGCGUUCACACAUGCUAGAGGAACAAACUUCAAGCCCGGGAAGGCGUUGGAACUUUUCAAAAACAUUGCCGAGGAAAUCAAAGCGAAUCCAGCACAUGCAGAAAUUCCCUUAGAAAACAACGUAUUCUGUUUCGAUAAUGAAGCGUUCGAAACACUUGCAGCCAUCAAGCGUCGGAUACAAUUAAAUCCGGAAGAUCGUGCAUCAAGUAUUACGAGUUGGAACAAAUCAAUGCAGCAAUGUUGGGCAAUGCUCAACUAUGUAUCGCGCUUGGCACCACAUAUGGUAGAUAAUACGGUAGCGAUCAACCAAGCUAGGAAAACGAUUUAUCAGCUAACUCAGCCGGUGGCUGAUAUCGCUGAAUUAAUCGAAGACAACAUACAAAUUUUGGCCAAUCAUCAGCGGACACUCGCCCAGCACAAAAACAGCUUGCCAAUGUUAAGAAAAAAUUUAUAUAUUCCCAUUAUUGACUUGGAGGUCACUCCUCUUACACAGCCGGUGACUGUCUGCACUGACUCUGCCUGCACCGAUGUUCUCUCUAUUGGAGAAGGCAAAAAGCAGCAACAUUUUAAAGUUCCAUGCCACAAGCCGUGUUACUUGCAAAACCUGCCGAGGGACGUAAUUGGCAUUCCGGAGUUGAUGAGCUGUGCCUGCAUGGGACCCGAUCGUCAAACCUGCAAGGAAUGCUCGCACAGCUAUAAAGUGCACAUGCACGUUUACUAUGACACAAAAAAAGUAAAUGCUAGUAAAAAAGAUGAAAACGUUAUCAAAACCAUCAAUACGAAAGAGCUUGUCAUAGAACAGGUGAAUAAACUUGUUAAAGAAGUCGAAAAGCGCAAAGCUCAGUUAGAAGCGGAGCUUAAUACGGUUGUUAAGUACAAUGCGAAGUUCGCUCAUUUUCUGGCCAACAACGCAAUUGCUCCUUUCUCGGACUCAUACAGCGAGUACAUCAAUCAGUUGUGUGAAAGGACGCGACGCUUGGGAAAUGAUUGUGACUUAAGCAAGCUUAGAGGCCUCCAAAGGCUACUAUCUAAGCACAAACAGAUGAAAAAUAUAUUUGCUAAAGCUGCCGAAGUGCAAAAGAAUCAGGGCAAGCCAGACGACGUAACGCCUCAAGACGUCAAUAAGUCGAUACAGGAAUUGUUCAAAUUACCUUUGACUGGUAAAAAAAUUCACGAACUUUUCAAGUCACAAAAGAAGGGCAGGACUAAUGAGCAUAAAUUAACGGAAUAUCUGCACCAAGGAGUGUUCAAGCAAACCAAGCCAAAUGAUCUAAAUACAAAUCAGAAAUCAAAUGACGCCAAGCAAACGAACCCGAGACCAUAUAAUCAACAAAACCACCGAGGACGCCCGAAUUUCCGUGGAAAUAUCCGAGGAACUUUCUACAAAAAUAACAAUCCAGGACGACCAAACUACUCCCGAUCUAAAACACCACCACCGCCAUAUAAACCCAACGCUAAGCCACCUAAUGUACAGCCUCAGCCAUUAUUCUUUAAUAAUGACUUCUCGAAGCCUCCACCACUUAUUCCUUCUCAAGCCGCGAAUACUGAGGUUGGCAAGGCGACAACGGUGCCUAUUGUCGAAGUAAAGCUAACUGUUCCAGCUAGUACAUCCGCCGUUGAUCAACCCCCUAGGGCCUCAUCUCGUGAUCAAGAACCACCACGAAAAGAAUAUCCAUCACGUGACGGAUAUCGCUCAGGUGAUGAAUAUCCGCGACGGGGAGAAUAUAGGCCGAACGAUGGCUAUCCGCCCCGUGAUGAAUAUCCACCACGCGAUGACUACUCAUCAUAUUACGAUUAUCCGCCACGUUAUAGAUAUCCGCCUAGAGAUGAAUAUUACCCGAAUAGGGAGUACGACCCGAGAGAUGGAUACCCGCGUAGGGAAAGAUAUCCUAGAGAUGAUUAUCCGGCGAGAAAGGCAUAUCCGCCUAGGGAUGAGUAUCCGCCACGUGAUCCAUAUCCUCCUAGGGAUGAGUACAAAUCACGUGAUCCGUAUCCUCCUAGGGAUGAGUAUCGACCACGAGAUCCCUAUCCGCCACGUGACUCAUAUCCGCCUAGGGAUGAGCAAUUUUCGCGUGAUUCAUUCCCGUCUAGGGAUGGGUAUCCACCACGUGAUUCAUUUCCGCCUAGGAAUGAGUAUCCGGCGCGUAAUCCAUACCCGCCUAGGGACGAAUAUCGGCCAUUCCCAUCUUACGGUCCCAGUUCUCAGUUCAAGGGUGAAGCUGAUCCAUCUCAGAGAAACCAUCCGGGCCCUCAGCCCUACAACCGACCAUUUAAUGAAUAUAGAGGACAUACAGAUAGAGGAGGCAUUUCCCGUCAAUAUAGGAAGAAGAGAAACUCUCGUCAUAACUCCGAUAAUGGGGAUGAAUCGGAUGUUUCCUCUGCUGCGGAAAGGAAGUAAACGUGUAACGAGCAUUUCACCCCUAGUUAGUAACUAUGCUAUAUACGUUUAGGAACAAUAUACAGGUCAAUAUUUAGUAACAGGAAAUAUAAUUAGAGUUUUCUUUGCUGGAAUGUACAAUCGUUCGAAUUGACAUCAAGGAAAUAUGCAGCAAAUUUGUUUAAAACUUCCAAGUGCUUUAAGAAAUUAUUAUUUUUUAAAUUCCAGCAAAGAAAUAUUAAUAUUUAAGUUUUUUUAUGCGUUUCACAUAUACAUAAGUCCCGUAUAUACAUGCGGUUUUAUUGCGUUGCAAACGUGCAAAUCGCUCACUAGAACGUGUUUCAAUUGUAAGCGAUGUGCACAAAGGAAUUACUGCUAUUUAGUAUUUCACCUACUAAAUCUGGUAUUUUCAUUUGCGAGAUACGUAAAUGCGUAUCGGAGCGGCCGAAAGGCAAAAGCGAUUCAUGUUCUUAUUAGAGCAUCGCCCUGUAUUUUGUGCAGGGUUUGAAUGGUCUUGUGUCCGGAUUCAGGACACAAUGAUUUGAACUUCGUGACAUUUCACGAAAAAAUGUAGCUCAAGUUGCGGCUGUAACUUGAAUAUAUUUGUUUAUAAAUGGGGCCUGGAUGAUCUACGGUCAUUAGUGUGUCAGUUAUUGGCACCUACGGGUUUGCCCAUUUUAUAUUUGGGAGGCUUUUAGCCCCCCGCCCCCUUUUAAAACUGGCACUUAUUUUUAUUGUUCAGCAAAUCAAUUAAUUUGCUGUUAAUGUUAAUAAUUUUUUGCCAGGUUGUAUUUUAUAUAAAUGGACUUUACACAAAUUAAAUUAAUUGUGUAAUAAUUGUUAGGUUUCUGUGAGGUGUGGCAUACUCACAAGUCCCUGUAUUUAGUGUAGGAGUUUAUUAUCGUAUCCUUGUGGGGUGAAUUUUUGCGAUAUUGAACUUAUAUAUAGUGAAAACUUAUAUUCAUUUGGGGUUUAGUUUGUUCAGAAAUAAAUAAAUUGCGUA